AUGAACCAGCAAAGAGAAGGUGAGUCUCAUCGCUUGGCAACCCCCAAAUGGAGAUUAUCAGUGGGUUCAAUUGAGAAUAGUCACAUAGAAGCUCGAGGAAGUGAUAAGAUUUUGGAGAUGAUGGAAAAGAUUGAAUGUGCAUUGCUUGGGGAUACUUCCAACUUGAUUUUGAUGUUGUUUGUUCACUGGGGUGAUGAAAAGUGGAUGAAAGAUACUGGGAUGGGAUGGAUGAGUGGAAUGGGACCAGAUCAGAAAUCUUAUACGAUCAUGGCGGAGUGUCAACGUAAUGACGAUGUCAGAGCAACAGUUGCUCUCACGGUGCACCUCCACCUCUGUGGCGAUGUCAUCGUUGCACACAAAAAUAAAAAGAAGAUUUUGCACGAUCUGGGAAAAGACAAUUUGCGGAAAGACGCUACUGCCAUCUGUCGCGAUUUGAUUCAGCAUGCGAAUGGAGUCGUCGCUUCAGGGGCAAUGAUGUCUUGCUGCGAAUGGCGUGAACGUCGUUGUAAAUCGCAAAUCUACAUCGACGCGUCACCCUGGGACCACCGCCACCAUGACUUCCACAUAGCAACCGCAGCAACGCCCGAGAGUGCCGCUGCUACAUGGGACGGCAGUGGCACCGAGGUUUUCCAUUGCGUUUCGCGCGAAGUGGCGGUAACCGAAGGCACCACAAUAAUGCGCAAGUCGCGACAACAAUCUGUGCUUCCCACCAUCACGGCGCAUACGUCCUCCUCUUCUCCUCUUGCGGUGCGGGUCCUUCAAUAUGGAAGACGGUGA